CAACCAGCGAGGAACAGUUACAGUGGACGUCUAGCCCCGGGGAGAGAGUGGCUAAGAAUGAACACAGGCACGAUCGGAGGGAGCGCGAAACGCGUUCGGACGGAGAAUGUCGCCAUGACCAACAUGGAUAUCGUUCACGGCUUGGCGCAAUUCGUGCUGGACAAGCAGUUCCUGUUCUUUGCGGCAGUCUCGAGGAGCUGGAGGGACGCGUGGGGGGAGCGAGCGACGGUGACAAGUUGGGUCACGCCUCACACCACGCCCUUUCAGCUUCAGUACAGCUUCGCGUGUGGCCUCGCUCGGGAUGGCGUCGAUUGGUGCUUAACCACGGCGCGGGCCGGAAACCUAGAUCUUCUCAGGUGGGCGACGGAGCAGGGAUGUCCCUGGACUAGGUCACUGUCCGCCGCAGCAGCCGAGGGCGGCAAUAUUGCGGUCCUCGAGUGGCUGAAAGAGAAUGGUUGCGUGCUCACCGAGGCGACCUGCGCUGGCGCGGCAUUCGGCGGGCAUCUGGGCGCGUUGAAGUGGUGCCGGGCGAACGAGUGUCCGUGGGAUCGAAUGACGAUGGCAUGCGGCGCCAAGGGCGGACACCUAGACAUCCUGAGGUUCGCGAAGGAGAACGGUUGUGGCGGAUGGGACGCCCGCGCUUGUUCGGCAGCUGCCGGCGGGGGGCAGCUCGCGGUGCUCCGUUGGCUGCAUCAGGAGGGGUGCCAGUGGGACUCGGGCACGCCUUCGAGUGCUUCGAAAGGGGGCCACCUCGAUGCCCUGCAGUACGCGAUUCAGAACGGAUGCCGGGCGUCCGACGCAGUGUGCUCGAAUGCCGCCAGGCACGGGCACCUCCACCUUCUGCGGUGGGCUUUUGCUAGCGGCUGCAGUGCAGACCUGACGAGGGUGUGUACUUUGGGAGCCCAGGGGGGGCACGUGGAUGUUAUCAAGUGGGGCCGGGAGAACGGCGGCGGUUGCAACAGCGAAGCAGGCUACUGGGCCGCCGUUGGGGGUCACGUACAUGUGUUGGAGUAUUUUAACACGAUUUGGCUUUCAUGGGGAGAGGAGUCGUCGUUGCUUCCGGCGGUAAGAAGGGCGCAGACGGAGCUUGGUUGCACGGCUGCCAAGAGAAGCCGACUGGAAUGCGUAGCCUCGUGGAUUGUAGCGAACAGAGUACCCGCCCGUGGCGAUGACGUCUCUGUGGAAGAACGCAGAGCGGCCUGUUUUCUCCUGAAGAAUCCGAGCGGAGAAGUCGGAGAUGGAGCAGACAACUGA